GUGGCGAUCGCUUUUGCCAAAAGUUCUUCAACUUUAAAUCUAUUUUCAUUGAUUUUUAUUUUUUUUUUCGAAUCACGUAAGACAAAUCGCAAAUUCAAACCAAGCGCAAAGUGUUUUUUUUUUUUUUUUGGCCGUUCGUUUCGUCCCCGGGCGCAACCGCCUCGGACACUUAAAAUGUGAAUACAAAUGUGUUUGGUGUGUAGACGAUAGAGUCAACUGCAAGUUCAAUUUCCCCAUUCAAAAAAACUUCUUCAUUCAUCAUUCGUCGUUGCUUUCUUUGGCAGCGCUGUAUUUUAAUUCACCCGCGAGUGACAUCUCAUCUAGUCAUUGAAAUCGUCAACUCUAGUCAACGUUUUUCCGUCAAAUCUAAGUCACCAUCUAGUCUCAUCUACAUAAAACAUCUAGUCAAACUUAGUCUACGUUCAAUAUUUCUAGUCGUCUUCAAUUAGAAUCCCCCCCUCCCAUUCUAGUCAUCAUGUUUCAACACUGGACAUCGUUCAUCUAGUCAUUUUCAUGUCCCCCUCCCUUUUUUCAAUUCUAGUCACUUAAGAAUCUUAUUCGCCAAUUCCAGUGUUUAAAUUGACCCGGUGUUCGUAAAAAAAAAAAAAAAAAAAAAAAAAAAAAAAAGAAAUCACUAGUCAUUUGUAGUCAGGCGUGGAAGGCCAAUGCCACCGUAGAAUUACAGCGUAGAGAUUAGCGACCAUGCCCCGAGGAUUCCUAGUCAAACGGAAUGACGAGCUGUUCUCCGUCAUUAUCGGCGAAACUGCCAUAGACGCUGCACAGAAAGACCAAUACAAUGCGCACGAUCAAGACGAAGCCGAAGACGCCAACGAGGAAGGAGAACAAGAUGCCCUCGAUUUAACACUGGCUUCUAGUCAUAACCCAACGGCGGCUCACCUGGCCUUCGAGAUCUCUAGUCAAGCUGCAUCGCAACGUCAUCCGCAUGCAGCGCAUCAGGACGGCCAACAUCAUCGUCAGUUGGUCGGUGGUGUAACCAGCAAAGAAAAGGAGCAAUUACGUCGCCAGGGUCGGCUGAUGAGCGCCAAAGUGUGGCGACCGGCCCUGCCCGACGCUUCGCCGUCGCCACCGCUGCCGCUUUCGGCCAAUGCUUCCGGUAGGAGGCCUUCGGAAGCGACGGAUGCGUUGCACGAAUUAACGGAGAAGAAUUCGGUUGCACCGUCGGUGAAGUUCGUCGACAAAGGUCGCGGCUACUGUGGAGAUUCUUCGGCGUCGGUUCUCAAACAUCAGUUGGCGACACCUGAUGCGACUGUUUCCUGUUCACCUACUUCCGGAGGUGGCGAUAGUCGACCGGAAGAAGCGGAUCGGCUGCUAGAGCAACGACAGCAGUCGCCUGCAGCGGCCAGCAGGUCUUCCGUCCUGUGUCUGGAGGCGGCGCUUCGCUGGUACCAGCAGCGUUCGGUGCUGAUGACGACGCUCAAUGCCGCUGCGGCUGCCGCGGCCGCCGCAGCAGGAGCCACCGCUCCCGGUGAACAUCUCGACGCUCAUCACCAUCCUCUGUACCUACCCCUGGCCAAUUUGCAUCAUCUUCACCAGCAACAUCAGCAACAACAGCAGCAAUCCGCUUAUCCUUCGCCAUUCCAUCAGCAUCAGGCGUCGUCGGGUGGUCUUCAAUCAGCGCCAUCUAGUGGCGGAAUGGCCAACCACAACCAGCAUCCACCCCAACCACCACAUCACCACCUGGCCGUUGCUCACCCUUCCCAUCUGUACCCGCACUUGGCCUCGCUCCUCGUGCCCAGUAUCAUCACUCAGUGCCCUUCACCUGUCAGCCCGCUCAUGCUCACUCCCAACCCGGAGCCGGAGCAGCUGGAACAAGCCGUCGUUCAUCAGCAAACGGCGGCGUCAGUAGGUAGGCAGCCGUCAUCGCCCGUCAUCCAUCAUCAGCGCCACCCUCAACAAGCGACACAACAACUGACCGAGAAUGGUCUUUUGUUGGAUCUCAGUUUUAAAUCAACAGCUGGGACAGGGUCGACAACAGACACUCACCUAUUAUCACCUCUAGUCCGUCUGGCCAACAACCAACAUGGUCGGACGAAUAUUUUCAACCAGCCACCGUCAGCAAGUCCGUCCACACUAGCGCCCAGCAGCCAAUCUAAGCCGUCACGCACUCUUCCCAUGAAUCAUUCGUCCACUUCGAAAAAACGAUCAGCGGCCAGCAGCGGCCUUACCAGUAACGCGAACGGCGAGGACGGACCAUCUCCGCACCCGAGCAGCGCCAAAAAGCCGAAAGGGCCGAACGGGAUCGCCAAAAAAUCCACCAAAGCCGUGCGUCGAUUGACUUUCGACGACGAGCUUAUCUCACCCGUUUCGGGCACGAUUAUCAGAGACGCGGCCGAUAUGCCGUCAAUGGUCGGCGGUGAGGAUGGCCUAGUAGUGCGUCCGGGCGAUAUCGAUCCGGCUUUUAACAUCGUAGAAGUGACCGAAGAGGCUCGAGCUGAGCUGGCCAAAAUAGAUAAUCGCAUUGGCGACUAUCUUUGUCGCUUGUGUCGGGUCGUUUUCGACGACGCUUUCGGUUUGGCCCAGCACCGCUGCCCGCGUAUCGUUCACGUCGAAUACCGCUGUCCUGAAUGCGAUAAAGUAUUCAAUUGUCCGGCGAAUUUGGCCUCGCAUAGGCGUUGGCAUAAACCUAGGCCAGCCAAUGGCUCCGCUUCGGCCAAGGCCGCCAGCAAAGCUGGAAUGGCCUCUGGUGGCAACAACGGGAUGAAUAAUAACAACCAGGAAAAACCUUCGCCCUCUUGGCCGGCAGGUGCGACCUCGUCUGCCGCCUCUUCAGCCGGCCAUGGUUUCGUGACGACAGUUCGAUCCGCUUUCCACCCGGCCGUCUUUUCCGGAUCGUCGCUCUUGAUGCCCAACUACAAUUUCGGUUCGGGCGGGGUGGUCCAAGAUUUUAGUCAUUCGAAUAAGUCGUCGUCGACGACGUCCUCACCUUCAUCUUCUUCGUCAUCAUCAUCGUCUUUAUCGUCUUCGUCGGCCUCAGCUUACGACGGCUUUAUGCAUCAUCACGUGUCCUCACCUUCACCCGUUUCUCCCGGCGCGGUUGUUAUGACAUCUAGCGGUACGGAGGAAAAAACACAAAUCCAUAUCCCUCACAUGACCCAGCUGCGAGCUGGGGCCACGUAAUUAUCUGGUCACGCUUUUUUUUUAUUAUGCCUAGUCUUUUUUUUUCUUUUUUAAUUCUUUUGAUUUUCAUUUAGUUUGAUGUUUUGUCAUUUUUUUUCGUACAAAACUCCACAUUUGAAUUACCUAAAUGAUAUAGAAGUUUAUCGCUUCAAUACGUUUCGGAUGAGUAUUUACUCUAGUCACAUUGUCACAGUCUCAUCUCAUGCAGGGCUAGUCAUUAGUCAUUCCACUUCAAAUCUAAUCAAGUCGCUCUAGUCGCUUUUGAUUGAGACCUAUUUUUUUUCCUUAAUUGGUAGUUUUUAGUAGUGAGAACAAUGAAUUGUAUUUUGAUCGUGUUUUGUUCUACAACCUCCCUUCGGUGAACGUCGGGACAUGGAUGUAGACGUCAGGCCGACCGGUGGCAAUUUUCAGUAAGCAAAAAUCGGCAAUCUAACCUCGAUAAUCGCUCGUUUCAUGAGUUCUAUUCAAAUCGAUUCCAAAUCGCAGAUGCUGUUCGUUGAUAGUUCCAUGCUCUCGUAAAAAGACAUUUAUUAUUAUAUAUUCCAUGCUACAUAUAACAGAGCCUUUAUAGACAUAAUUAUUUAUUAGAGGAGAAUUUAACAGACAAAUGAUUUGAUCAGUAGAUUAUAUUCGAUGUGAAAAUGAGGGUCAGUUUUAGUCAAACUAGUUCCACGCAGUCAUCGUCGUGAAUUAUAUUAUUGCUUUUCGAUUUGCUUAUCGAAAACUCUUAUUUGGUACGUCAAGCUUUAAGUAUAAAAAAAGGGGGCUGGGUUUUCAGCUCUUGAAUAUUUCAGUCUUUCAACCAGUUUUGAGUUCCAGUCAUAUAUUUCUAACUUUAAUGUAUUGCAUUUUAUAUUCCUUGCGUUACGUUAACUGUUUAACAGAAAACAGUACGCUGUACCUGUGUUUCCAACCCAUGAUUUCCUUUUGCCAUUCCCUUGUAUUUGAUUUUGCUUAUUUCCCUUUGAAUUUCUGCAACGAGUUACACCUCGAGAUAUUCACUUUUCGGAUUUCCACCAAUUUCGGAGGCAACUCCGUCCCGGCGGAUUUUGUGAGUGCCAUCUAGUCAUUAAGUGUAGUGAGUGCGGACAUUAUUCUCAACGUUGGAUUACCUAGCUGAGUCAACUGUCUUUUUUUGGUUACAUCCAUGUUUUUCAUUCUGGGAUUGCCUGACAUUUUUAGUCGUUGUCAGGACAUUUUUUUUUUUGUUUAAACUUUGAAAUGACAUUUUGAAUAGUAAACGGGGCAAGGGGAGGGGUCAAUAAAAGGGGAAAACAAGGUAUAAAGCGCUUAGAAAUUUACGGCCGUUGCCAUGCAGGAUUGAACUGAUGGUUAGCGACAUUCGGCAAAGGAUCGUCUAUUCAUCUCUAUUUUUCAUUCAAUUUGCAUUCCCAGUUCGUCAACAUGUUGUCCAAAAUUGAAAGAAUUCGGCUGGUCGCCACGUCUACAAGGAUCUCAAGUCUGUCUUAGAAUUUGUUUUAGUCAUCCUCUAUGUUGCCAUCGCGAGAGUUGCUUUAAUGUUUCCCAUUCCCUAUUGAGUGUCCAUUUUCUCUUGAUUGCGUCAUUUUUUAUUUGCAUCAUUGUCUCGUUUUUCUUAAGUCAAGCGUAUGUAUUAAUAACUGUAUGCACUUUGUAACGUUUAUUUUCACUCUACAUACUAUUCUGAAAAAAAAAUGAAACCAUUACACAAACAGGAAAUAUAUAUAUUUGUAUUCGUAUUUUCAAAAAGAAAAAAACAAAAAAACAAAAACAAAAAAAGAACCCCCAACAAAAAGAACAAAGAAAAACAACACCGAUGCAUGGCUAACUGAAGAAAAGAAAAUGAGCUGUAGCCAAUCCCGAGACACACCUGAAAUAUUUUGAGUGUCCUUUGAUGCUGCUCCCAAGCAAAAUCCUUUAGGAUUGCAUGUGUACAGAUUGAACAGGUCACAUAUGUCCCCAUUUUUUCCACGUGCCCAUUGUAAUCCCAUCUUUCGUAACAAAUUUAGCUUUAGCGAGUGUUUUUUUUUAUGUACACAAAUAGCAGAAAAGAUACAGUUACAGUUAUACAUAAUAGAACAUAAAAUUGUCAUCCAUUCCACCAUACAAUUUUUUUUUUUACUAUUAUUAAAAAUUUUUUUUUUUAGACAUUUGUAAGUUACUUAGAUUUCUGGUUGUAUGAUACAAAUGUAAACUCUAAAUUGAAUACAAUUCU